UUCGUUUUAUUCCCAUCGAGUCCAUCGAAUCCUAAAAAAAAACUUUCAUUAUUCGGUUCGGUUAAUGUUUGCAGAGAAGUAACAAUUAUGGGUGAUCGCCAACGUGAAUAGUGCAUCCUCCCGGAAUCUUCAAACCGAUCGUGGAACUAAAUCGAUUGGUUUGGUGAAAAUAAAAUCAGUACAAGGUCUUACCAAACGUCAUCAACAAAAUUAUUUCGUAAGGCGAAUACACCCCGGAUGUUCUAACAGAGCUAGAUGAAAAAGUACAACUAUAGUAAACUGAACCAACGGGACCUAGAAGCAAAUUCUUUGGUCUCUUCCGCGAGUGGUAGCAUCAGUAGCAACGGUUCAACUGUAAUCGAUACCGGGAUGUAUCUGCGAGACUGGCGCCAGGCUCUGAGGACACCUCCCUCGUAUAGGAUUGGUAAUCGUACCAUUCGUUUGCAGGUGCACAUAAUCUGGCCACUGGCCGUGCUCGGAGCCAUUGUGCUGUUUCUGGUGUACGUUAUCAGUAGCUCAGCGAUGAUGAGUGGGCCUAGCAUCAACAAACUGGAUAAAAACUCAGUCAUUCUUUACAAUCACACCUAUCCAUUAACUAGCCCGAUCAUAAGCAACGGAAUCUACUCAUUUCGGAUAGGAAUCAUAGCGGAUUUGGACACAAACUCGCGGGUAAAUGGGAAGGAUUCGUGGAAUAGUUACUUCAUGAAGGGUUACUUGAGCUAUAUCCCUUCCAAAGGCACUGUCGCCGUCUCAUGGGAUGAAACGGGGCCAAAGGAAAUCAAAUCGAACUUUUCAUUAAAAGGUCGAGGGAUGGAAUUAUCCGAGUUAGUCGUGUUCAAUGGAAAGCUGCUCACCUUUGACGAUCGUACCGGUUUAGUGUACGUAAUAGAAAAGGACAAUGUCUACCCAUGGCUGCUAUUGAUGGAUGGUGAUGGGAAAGCGAGCAAAGGUUUCAAAUCCGAAUGGGCUACCGUGAAAGAUCAGGUCCUUUAUGUAGGCUCGAUGGGAAAAGAGUGGACCACUGCCAGUGGGGAUUUCGAAAACAACAAUCCUAUGUUUGUGAAAGCGAUAACUGUGCAUGGCGAGAUUUACCAUCUCAACUGGGCGAACAAUUUUAAGGCGCUACGAAGUUCCAUAGGCAUCGAGUGGCCCGGAUACAUGAUACACGAGUCCGGUGUGUGGUCCAGCGAGGCCAGCAAGUGGUUCUUCUUGCCCAGGCGGUGCUCUAAGGAUCGUUAUAAUGAAACCCGCGAUGAGCACAUGGGAUGUAACUAUCUGAUCACAGCAGAUGAAUCGUUUCAUUCGAUAAAACCGAUCGAACUGAAACGCGCAAACGUUCCUGCAACGCAUGGAUUCUCCAGUUUUAAGUUUCUGCCAACCUCGGGAGAUCAGAUCAUCGUCGCUCUUUCAACGGAGGAAUUGAACGGCAAAACGUCUAGCUUUAUCAGUGCGUUCCACGUGAAUGGAGAAAUGCUGAUGCCGGAAACAAGGAUACCAACCGAAUACAAGUUCGAAGGAUUGGAGUUUAUUUAGGGGUGUGUCCUAGAAGCGCUAGCACCAGCUAUAGAUGAAAAAUAUCCAAAGUCGGACUGAAUAGAUAAAUCUUUGUACAUAGGUAGAAACGUAUGCGAAUUAAUUUGUGUAUUUGUUGGAACAGCACGAUAUUGAAAGUAUUACCUACACAGCUAAUUUGAUUGCCAUAGCAUAGGUGUUGAAUCGAAAUCCGAUCCUGAAACAACGUAAUCUUCUGUUAACCAUUCAGUUUAGAGGCAAUAGUCUAUGUUUUCUUCAUUUCAAUGGUCUUUCUACAAGUCACAAGAGUUUUAUAUAAAUUCACCUGUAAUGUGAUAUUUCUUUGUUAUUUAUCGAAAAAUAAGUCAAUCAAAUGAAAAAAGAUGUUGUAGAAUUUAAAUAAA